CAAGUAUAGCACUUCAGUUACUUCCAGGACAUUCUGGGAUGGAGCUAAACUGGAAAUUAGGUAGAGUCUCAAGACCAGGUUCUGCUACAGUUCGGGUCACAGAUUUGGGUCGGCAAGGUCUCCUGAAUCCCAGUCCAUCAAUUAAAGAUGAUGAUGAAGAACUACUUGUGAAUGAAUAUCUUUCCCCCAACAAACUGAAAACACUGACUGGGCUAGAUGAUCUGCGUCAAGUGAAAGCUCUAGAGAUGCAUGUAGACACGAGAGAGAACAGCCUUGGAAACUUUGGUGCUUAUCUGCCUAAUCUAAAACAACUGAAACUGAAUAGCAGCAUGCUUAUGUCAGUGAGGGACCUUGGAACAGCAUUGUCUAAUCUUCAAGUCCUCUGGAUGGCUCGCUGUGGGCUUCCAGAUUUAGAUGGUAUCUCUUCCUGCUGCUCUUUGAAGGAACUCUACAUAGCAUAUAACAAUAUUGCUGACUUAAGUCAACUGAGCCUGUUGGAGCACCUUGAGAUUCUAGACCUAGAAGGAAACAAUGUGGAGGACCUCAGUCAGAUUCAGUAUCUGGGGCUCUGUGUUACUCUGUCUGCCCUUACAGUGGAAGGAAAUCUUAUUUGCUUGAAGCCAAGCCCACAAUCUCCAGAGGUCCCAGACUACAACUACAGAGCUGAGGUGAAAAAACUCAUCCCUCAUUUAAAGUAUUUGGAUGAAAUACCAGCAGACCAAACUGAUCUUCCUUUUCCAUGCAAGAUGAACAAGGAGUGGCUACUUGUCAAGGAAUCCAUCAAAGAUGGAAGUUUAGUUGAAGAGGCAUCUUGUUCAGAUUCUUUUUUAGGACCUGUAGCAAGAAGGCCCUGCUCUGCUGUGAGACCUGCCAUAACUCAGCUCUUGUCAGCUUCUCGACCUCAGGUUCCACAAAGACCACUUAGCGCCCAUUUGCUCUCUGGUAGUAGCACUCUCCUGGAGGCUACCAUCUGUGAUGAGAUGUUGCCUGAAGAUGACGCCAGUGACUUGACACAUGGUGUCAGCAGAGUUAUUUGUGGGAACCCCAUCAAAGCUCUUCAUGCACGGAGACAGAAACUAGGUCCUACAGUAAUGAACCUGUUUCAGCCACCAAGUCAGCCAGCAGUACAUCCCUUUGGCAUUGAAGAAACUGAUUAUGUAAAUACGGAUGACAUCUAUGCUGAGCUGAAACUCCUGAAAGAGCAUCACCUCCAGCACCUACAAGCUCUCCAAAGGGCAAAUUCUCCCCAGGAGCUAAAAACAACACCAACAUUAAGUGAGGAGGAGGAACACUACAGCCUGAGUGACAGCUGUGAUGAAGAUAUGAAAGAAGCCACUCAGGAGGAGAUCGUGGAAAUCACAUCAUCAGAUUCUUCUUGCCAGUCCCGUCUUUCUCAGUCAUCGUCAGAUUCAUUGCACGUCCAGGAAAAUUCAUUGCCCACCAUUAUAAAGCGCUCUGUUGUGCCCUCUCCUCCAAAAAGUCCCUUGUCUGCAUCCAUACAGCGAGUGAGAACUGAGUUUGUUGGAGCUAGACGCCUGAAAGUGCACAGUUCAGAAAAGGCAGUUCUACCGAAGCCACAGCCUUCAUCAACUCAGAACAGUGAUACAGUACAGAAUGUGUUUGAGAAGACUACUGUUCAGAGUCUCAACAGAAAACCUGAUUUCUCCUUAUCUGAUGCAUCUAUCUUAAGUCAGAGGCACAGGACUUUUGGCCCCGACAGCAAGCAGACCAAGAGACCUGUUUCAGGACCAGCAACAAUUGGACCAACAAACAUCAGAGCCUCUGUAGAUAGAAAGCUCCUCAAGAUGAUCAACUCUCAUCAACCUGCUGUUCGCUUUUGCACAAAAAUGCCAGAAGGACUUGCAGUUCUGAACGUGGUCCGCCCUCUGACUGCCAAGGCUGCCCUGCAGAGCUUGCCGAGCAAGCCAAAUAUCUCAAUGACGGCUCAAAGCAAGACUCCCAAAUUGUAGGAAAUGCCCUCAGCAGCUGUGCGUAUGUUGUUGCCAAGUCACAGAAGCGUUCAGCUGCUUUCUGUGUUUCCCAUCUUCCUAUGAGCAACACAGGCUGCCUUCUCUGACUCAUCGCGAUCUCUGAACACAGCAGUGCCCUAGGUAAGCAAAGCAGUUUAAAUAAACAAUUUGAUUGACCUCAAACACAACUGCUGCUGCGAAUAGAGAAUCUGCAACUCCCCUAUCAACCAUUUUGGCAGCUUCUGCAAAAGGAGGAAUGAAAGCUUGUGCCGCCAUAGCCCUUUCAAGUGACUGUAUGCCUGAUGUUUACAGCAGCUGCGUGCCUGGCCUCAUGGCCAGGGUGGCCCCUUUAACUCAUCCAGUGGGAGGAAGGUACAGACCAUCCUUCAGCAUUCCCUCAGGUAUCCAGCUGCAGCUACUUCCAUGUGUCCAACUGCUGUCAAAGGGAUGCGGUCCCUCUUUUGAAAUCAUACAACAGACUGGGAAAGCUGUGUAGAAUGUAACUGAGUGUGCUUUGAGCAGGACUCUCACUUUCAGAGCACAUCCUUGAUUCAGGCACGAACUUGGAUUCCACAUUGAUGUACCUCAAAC